UAUUUCUUCAAGUGGCCACAUUUUCUCUAAUUCCGGACAAUCAUGGUGAUGCGAAGCUCGUCGAUGAAGAAAGGUUGGCAAAAUGCUAACACCGGUUCCGAGUCGGAAUCUCACGUGACAUGCUCCUGUCAGCCUGUGGCGCGGGUAGCGGUUCAGGUUGCUCAGGGAUACAUGUACGGUGUUCGGGACAUCCUUCCGAAUGGGGAGAACUAUUUCUACUUCAAGGGCAUUCCUUACGCGAAAGCUCCUGUAGGAAAUCUGCGCUUCAAGUCUCCGGUUCCGCUUGAGAAGUUUGCGGUGAGCUAUUUGGAUUGUACCACGGAACGGAGCAACUGCAUGGGAAUGGAUGUGAUCAGUAAGGACAUUACUGGUUCAGAGGAUGGCUUGUUUCUGAAUGUGUACAGUCCGGUGCUGCCGCGCAAAGACGAUGGAUCGAAGAAACUACCGGUUAUGGUAUUUAUUCAUGGGGGAGGAUUAAUCGGUGGUCAUGCAGAUAGCACGAUGUACCUUCCGAACUAUCUACUACAGGAAGGGGUACUCGUGGUUACCUUGAACUAUCGGUUGGGUGUUUUUGGAUUUCUCUGUCUACCGGAAGCUGGGAUCGAAGGCAAUGCAGGACUCAAAGAUCAGCGAUUGGCUCUUCAAUGGGUGAGCCAAAACAUUUCCCAGUUUGGUGGUGACCAAAAUAACGUAACCCUUUUCGGUGCCAGUUCCGGUGGCAUUGCAGUCAAUUUGCACUGUAUGUCACAGGAAUCCAAGAAGUACUUCCACAAGGCAAUCAUUCAAAGUGGUUCAGUCUACCUGGAGUGGGGUCACCAGGAGAAGCCUGAAGAGAAAGCUCGUAAAUUGGCUCGCCUUUUGGGAUCAAAUCCCAGCACCGACGAAGAAGUGUAUCAGGUGCUUAAAAAUGCCCCAGCCAGGAAAAUCUACGAACUUCAAACCAAAACCGUGUCGGACCGGGAACAACUGGUUGAAAAGCUCUUUCAGAUUCCAUUCCUGCCGGUCAUCGAACGGGAACAGUCCCCGGAUGCCAUCAUAACCAAACAUCCGACGGAGAUAAUGCGUGACCCCGAUGGAGUUGGUAUUCCUAUUAUUCUGGGCUAUAAUGAGUAUGAUGGAAUGAUGGUACUGCUUGAUGCCGUUAAAAAUCUUAAUAUUUACAAUCUGGAACCGGAGCGCUUCAUUCCACGGACGCUCAACAUUGACUGUUUCACUCCGGAAGCCCGUCAGUUGGCUCUCGAAAUUAAAAAGUUCUACUUCAAAGACCAAGAUUUAUCUCGUGAAAAUAUUAUGCAACUGGUAAAGCUUUUCACUGAUAAGUACCUUUUAUCCUUAAGAAUCACGUGGGAGCUGUGGGCAAAGUACCAAACCAAGGCAAAGAUGUUCGGGUACCGGUUUUCGUUCGAUGGAUUGCUUAACAAGGGCAAAGCGGUGUCGUCGUUCAGCGGUAUGAAAGGGGCUUCCCACAUCGAUGAAGUCUACUACAUUUUCAGUUCACCAAUCCUGAGAACGGAGGUGCCAAAGACCAACAAGGCGUACGAAUUGCGAAGCAAAAUGGUUCGUAUGUGGGCAAAUUUUGCCAAGUUCAGCGAUCCAACACCGGAGACGGGAGAGACAAGUCUGCCGUUCAAAUGGGAACCACUCAAAAACAUUCCGGUGGAUUGUGACGACAUAAAGUGCUACGUUCUGAGUAUCGCCGAAGAGAUCAAAAUGACUGAGAUGCCUGAGCGUGAGAGGAUGGACUUUUGGACGGAGAUUUUCCGGAAAUACAACGGCCAUGUGACGAACAUUGCCAUUCCCACCGCUAAAUCGGUUGAUAUGAAUAAUAAUAGUGAUUAGGUUAACGUAUUCUGAUGGA